UGAAAUACCUAACCUGUCCCAGCAAUGCGCGCUGGGCUGAAACAUGGCGACGCCGUGGUGGAGUGUGUGCCGGAGGUGGAGUACAAACUGUACGAGCCCGAGUUUGAUAGAAACUCUGUGGCAUUUUAACUGCAGGGCGGUGUCUUACUCCGCGGCCCAUUUGGGGCAGACGUCCCGGAGCUCCAGGCCGGGAAACGAGGUGCAGCCCUCGUCAUCAGCGCAGACUAUCCCAAACACUUUAACCUGUACCUCAUUUCUCUUCAGACACAAGUCAAGGCUGCUUUAUUCCAGGCCUCAGUCCUGCUGCUGCAGAAAAAUACACAGCGACGCAAAGCCUAAGGACCCUUUCACAUUAGCCCAGAGGGAUUUAACCAGUUUAUAUGACGACAUCAAAAAGGAGCUGUUUGUAUCCAAAGAGCUGAAGUCUCUAUGUGACUACUACUUCGAUGGCAAAGGCAAAGCAAUCCGACCAAUGAUCGUGGUCCUGAUGGCUCGGGCACUAAACAUCCACAGCAACAGAGCCGGAGAUUUGCUCCCAGGGCAAAGGGCCAUCGCGAUGAUCUCCGAAAUGAUCCACACUGCCAGCCUGGUGCAUGAUGAUGUCAUAGACGGGUCAGAUAAACGGAGAGGAAAAAGAACCAUCAAUGAAGUGUGGGGGGAAAGAAAGGCUAUCUUGGCUGGAGACUUCAUCCUCUCAGCCGCCUCCAUGGCCUUGGCUCGGAUUGGAAACAACACAGUGGUCAAAGUGCUGUCCCAGGUCAUAGAGGACUUAGUACGAGGUGAGUUCAUGCAGCUGGGGUCAAAGGAGAACGAGAACGAGAGAUUCAAACACUACCUCGAGAAAACCUUCAAGAAGACGGCGAGCCUCAUAGCGAACAGCUGUAAAGCAGUUUCAAUCCUGGUGAAUUCUGAUCCUGAAGUUCAUGAAAUUGCCUUCCAGUACGGAAAAAACGUUGGCAUCGCAUUUCAGCUGGUGGAUGAUGUGUUAGACUUCACAUCAGGAGCCAGUCAGAUGGGGAAGCCGACUGCUGCGGACCUCAAACUGGGUUUGGCCACUGGACCAGUUCUGUUUGCUUGUCAACAGUUUCCUGAGCUCCAUGCAAUGAUCAUGAGGCGUUUCAGUUCUAAAGGAGAUGUUGAUCGAGCCUGGCAGUACGUUCUCCAGAGCGACGGCGUGCAGCAGACCACCUACCUGGCCCAGCGCUACUGCCAAGAGGCCAUCAGGCAGCUCAGCAUGCUGAGGCCGUCGGCCGAGAGGGACGCCCUCAUCCGCCUCACUGAGAUGGUGCUCACUAGGGACAAGUGA